GUGAGCCUUUAAACACCAUCUGCCUUCCUGAUUUUCAAUAUUUGAUAUUAUUUUAAACAUUUUAUAUAACUGAGGUAUUUAAAAAUGCAAACCAGAUUUUAUACUGUACUUAAUUUCAGUUUUCUAUUAUCUUUAAAAAAUAUAUAUAGUAGAAUUAUGUAAAUAAAUCAUUACCUGCAUGCCUGUGAUCUAUAAUCUAACCUGCAUCAUUUUGCUUUACAAAUAUUCCCUCAAAGUUUGCAAGUUUCAUAUCUAAUGACACAAUUAAUUCACUCAUCAAUAAUUUUAUUUUUUGUAAUAAUAUGCAGUCCUUAAAGUUUGAUAGUAUAUUGUAGUAAACACAGGGUGGAGACAAAAUACACUGAAUAUACAAAGCAUUAGGAACACCUUCCUAAUAUUGAUUUUGUAUACUCAGUUUUGUACUGCCAGUGUACAGUUGAAGUCAGAAGUUUACAUACACCUUAGCCAAAUACAUCUAAACUCAGUUUUUCACAAUCCCUGACAUUUAAUCCUAGUACAAAUUCCCUGUCUUAGGUCAGUUAGGAUCAUCACUUUAUUUUAAGAAUGUGAAAUGUCAGAAUAAUAGUAGAGCGAAUUAUUUAGUUCAGUUUUUAUUUCUUUCAUCACAUUCCCAGUAGGUCAGUAGUUUACAUACACUCAAUUAGUAUUUGGUAGUAUUACCUUUAAAUUGUUUAACUUGGGUCAAACGUUUCAGGUAGCCUUCCACAAGAUUCCCACAAUAAGUUGGGUGAAUUUUGGCCCAUUCCUCCUGACAGAGCUGAUGUAACUGAGUCAGGUUUGUAGGCCUCCUUGCUCGCACACGCUUUUUCAGUUCUUCCCACAAAUGUUCUAUAGGAUUGAGGUCAGGGCUUUGUGAUGGCCACUCCAAUACAUUGACUUUGUUGUCCUUAAGCCAUUUUGCUACAACUUUGGAAGUAUGCUUGGGGUCAUUGUCCAUUUGGAAGACCCAUUUGCAACCAAGCUUUAACUUCCUGACUGAUGUCUUGAGACGUUGCUUCAAUAUAUCCACAUAAUUUUCCUGCCUCAUGAUGCCAUCUAUUUUGUGAAGUGCACCAGUCCCACCUGCAGCAAAGCACCCCCACAACAUGAUGCUGCCACCCCCGUGUUUCACGGUUGGGAUGGUGUUCUUCGGCUUACAAGCCUCCCCCUUUUUCCUCCAAACAUAACGAUGGUCAUUAUGGCCAAACAGUUUUUGUUUCAUCAGAACAGAGGACAUUUCUCCAAAAAGUAUGAUCUUUGUCCCCAUGUGCAGUUGCAAACCGUAGUCUGGCUUUUUUAUAGUUUCUUCCUUGCUGAGCGGCCUUUCAGGUUAUGUCGAUAUAGAACUCGUUUUACUGUGGAUAUAGAUACUUUUGUACCCGUUUCCUCCAGCAUCUUCACAAGGCCUUUGCUGUUCUGGGAUUGAUUUGCACUUUUCGCACCAAAGUACGUUCAUCUCUAGGAGACAGAAUACAUCUCCUUCCUGAGCGGUAUGACAGCUGCGUGGUCCCAUGGUGUUUAUACUUGCGUACUAUUGUUUGUACAGAUGAACGUGGUACCUUCAGGCGUUUGGAAAUUGCUCCCAAGGAUGAACCAGACUUGUGGAGGUCUACACAUUUUUUUCUGAGGUCUUGGCUGAUUUAUUUUGAUUUUCCCAUAAUGUCAAGCAAAGAGGCACGGAGUUUGAAGGUAGGCCUUGACAUACAUCCACAGUUACACCUCCAAUUGAAUCAAAUGAUGUCAAUUAGCCUGUCAGAAGCUUCUAAAGCCAUGACAUCAUUUUCUGAAAUUUUCCAAGCGGUUUGAAGGCAGUCAACUUAGUGUAUGUAAACUUCUGACCCACUGGAAUUGUGAUACAGUGAAUUAUAAGAAAAAGUGCUUUGAAAUGGCAGAAGUUUCACAAUGCUGCUCACUUCCUGGACUUAGUGUCAUACAUUUUUAGUGCAAGAGAGGAACUAGAUAGAAAUUCAAAGGAACUUGAGAAAAUUAUCAGUGGCUGAGAAUGACUAGUAAAACAAACCGCACAAUGAAAUGUGUGAACAGCAGGGUCUAACAGGAAAGGUUGUGUGCAGAGUUUUUAUUUUAGUCUGAAACGUUUUAACUAACUGGAUCUGAAUAUAGUAAAGACUAGAGAGGGAGCUGUAACUACGUGUGGGCGAGUUUGUUGUUGCUGUUAGGAUGUCUCUGCUCUUUCAUUUGUUGUGGUGUUCUCUGGCAAGGUUGGGAUUGGAAAGUGCGUCUACUGGUCUAGUGAGUGACAGCAUCAGUCUUGGAGAAUUUGAAUUGAAGCUAGGCAGUAGUUUUUGACUCCUAACAUUUCUUAUGCUUAAAGCAAUAUGCUGUGUGCAUGUGUUUAUGAAUAACUCAUUAAGACAUUUCCAUUUCUCAAUAUUGUGAUUUUUCUACACUAAUAAAACGUCCCUUUUGCUUGGACAGGGAAUUGGGUCAAUUGACAAACAUUUCUUCAGUAAUGUUGUAAGAAUACUGUCACAUUUGCAACAAAAAAAAAUCAUUGAGAUUUCCCUUUUAUAGUUCAUGACUUUCCAAACCUCACAGUUUACACAGGGCCACCUGUUUCCAAAGCUUGUUCGUUAUAUUAACGUGUGUGUGUGUGUAUUUGGGUCCCAAUGACAGGUAGUAAUGUGGUGAUGUGCUGUACUUCAUUCAUUCCUGAAUUGAGACUGCCUCUAGGGAGCACUGAGAGUCUGUGCGGCAGCGUACCAGUGAGACAGUGACUCAGUCUAGGCUGAGCUCUUGUGGUGCUUCUCCGUGGUCUGACCUCGGGUUCCACAGCGUGCACCAGUCACAGAGGAGCUCAACUCGAGAUCCUGAAGAGCCUCCUGUGUUUCACUGAGUAUUGUGACAGCAGCAGGAGUAGUGCAUUGAAAUCAGCUCCCGCAACGGGACUCGGCGAGCUCAAACAGGACGGUAAAAUCCACAUAAUAGUCAUCUCUGAAAGCCUGCUGUCUUUAGACAUCGUUCCUCUUUUAAAGUGUGCCAUGAGGGCAGAAUGUUUGACGCUGGUUUUCUUAUUGGCGCUGGAAUAUUUCUGUCAGAGUGAAGCCAUGUCCACCUGUAAGUCACUGGACUUGGAGCUGGUGAAGAGAAAACGCAUUGAGGCCAUCCGUGGACAGAUACUGAGCAAGCUGCGGCUGCCCAAGGAGCCAGAGAUUGAUCAGGAGGGAGACACUGAGGAGGUCCCAACCUCCCUGAUGUCCAUCUACAACAGCACAGUGGAGCUGAGUGAGGAGCAGGUGUACACAUACAUACCGCCCACUCAGGAUGCAGAAGAGGAGGCAUACUUUGCAAAGGAGGUCCACAAGUUCAGCAUGAAACAAAGUGAGAACACCGGUAAGUACCAAAUGCUCUUCAACAUGUCUGAGAUGCGGUCUGUAUUGGGGACAGAUCGACUGCUCUCUCAAGCUGAGCUCCGUCUCCUCAUCAAAAAUCGUGGCAUGCUCGACGGCAUUGAGCAGAGGCUGGAACUCUACAGAGGCAUUGGAGAUAAGGCACGUUACAUGAAGUCCCAUUUUGUCUCAAAGGAAUGGGCCAAUCGCUGGAUCUCCUUUGAUGUUACACAGACUCUGAGGGAGUGGCUGCAAGGGGCUGGAGAGGAGCAAGGAUUCCAAUUGAAGUUGUCUUGUGAUUGUGGGAAAACAAUGGACGAAUUCCUCUUUGAAAUAUCAGGGAUGAACAAGCCAAGGGGAGAUAAAGAAACUCUCUUCGUGAACAUGCCAAAGCCUCACAUUUUACUGAUGUCACUUCCUGUGGAACGCCACAGCCAGCUUAGCUCUCGGAAGAAACGACAAACCACUACUGAAGAGAUUUGCUCAGACAAAUCAGAGAGUUGCUGUGUGCGAAAGCUUUACAUUGACUUCCGUAAGGACCUGGGCUGGAAAUGGAUCCAUGAACCCACUGGCUACUUUGCUAACUACUGCAUGGGCCCAUGCACCUAUAUCUGGAACACAGAGAACAAGUACUCCCAGGUACUGGCUCUGUAUAAGCACCACAAUCCUGGAGCCUCUGCCCAACCUUGCUGUGUUCCACAGGUCUUGGAGCCCCUACCCAUUCUCUACUAUGUGGGUAGACAACACAAGGUGGAGCAGUUGUCCAAUAUGAUUGUUAAGUCCUGCAAGUGUAGCUAGAAUUACAUAUAUCCAUUUUCUUAUUCAUCGUAUUUCCUUGUACUCAUGGAGUCCUAGCUAAAAUCUGGAUGUAGUCCAGACAUCAUUUCCGAAUGUUAAUAUUAUUAUUUGACAUAUUUCCCAGCCGAGGAUUUCCCUAUUCAAUGAUUAGUGGAUGUUUAUUUUAUUUUAUAUAUAGUGGUUUAUGGAGUUUUUUAAUAGUUAUUUAGAUUUACCAAUGUCCUGGGUGUGUCAAUAGACUUGUCUUAUUGUCAUUGUGUUUCAGUAUUUACAGUGUAUUCACAAAGUAUUCAGACCCCUUCUUUUUUCCCACAUUUUGUUACGUUACAGCCUUAUUCUGAAAUGGAUUAAAUAAAAUAAAAAUCCUCAUCAAUUUACACACAAUACCUGUAAAAAAAGACGCCUUGUUCCCCCUCCUCUCCUCUCUACCUAACUUCCCCUUCACAGUCCCUUCAGUUUCCCUUCAGUCCCGUUAGUUUGGCUGCUCAGCCCACCUAAGUUAUCCCUCACCCAUAGCCCUGCCAUUCCCAACCAAUCAGAGUGCUUGGAAAGGGGCAUCAGGACACUGCACCCACCCACUCAGGUCAGAGCAUUAUUGUUGUCUGAAUGGAGAAGACGCAUGUGUCUGAGGACUUUUUAUUGUCGACAGUAACACGAAUGUCUGACUGUUGUGUGCGUCGAAAUAACCACAACAAUAAGAAUCCAAGUCAUUCGGAUUACCAAAAUCAUAGAAACACCUACAAUGGAAAUAUCUGUGUGUGUGUGUGGUGGUGACUAUCAAGAGUACAGUGAUGGGCCUCAACAUCAUGUUCUAACCAGACAGCACUAUAGUGGGCAGAACCAAACCAAUCAGUUAUAAGUAUAUAGCGGGUGAGGGAAUUCAGAGCCGACCGCUUAGACAGGUGAGGGCAUACUAGCCAACCGUUUUUACGUGGUUCUUCUAGCCGGAUUUAGUGACCAACUUUUUUUUUACACGUCCCUCAUUUGUCCAGAUUAGUUUUUACAAUACCACAUAAUGACAAAGCGAAAACCCGUGAUUGUGUCGAGGCACAGAUCUGGGGGAAGGGUACCAAAACAUUUCUGCAGCAUUGAAUGUCCCCAAGAACACAGUGGCCUCCAUCAUUCCUAAGUGGAAGAGGUUUGGAACCACCAAAACUAUUCCUAGAGCUGGCCGCCCGGCCAAACUGAGCAAUCGGGGGAGAAGGGCCUUGGUCAGUGUAGUGACCAAUAAUCUGAUGGUGUCUCUGACAGAGCUCCAGUUCCUCUAUGGAGAUGGGAGAACCUUCCAGAAUGACAACCACCUCUGCAGCACUCUACCAAUCAGGCCUUUAUGGUAUUGGCCAGAUGGAAGCCACUCCUCAGUAAAAGGCACAUGACAGCCCUCUUGGAGUUUGCCAAAAGGCAUCUAAAGGACUCUUAGAACAUGAGAAACAAGAUUCUCUGAUGAAACCAAGAUUGAACUCUUUGGCCUGAAUGCGAAGUGUCACGUCUGGAGGAAACCUGGCACCAUCCCUACGGUGAAGCAUGGUGGUGGCAGCAUAAUUCUGUGGGGAUGUUUUUCAGCGGCAGGGAGUGGGAGACUAGUCAGGAUCGAGGGAAAGAUGAACGGAGCAAUGUACAGCGAGAUCCUUGAUGAAAACCUGCUCCAGAGCACUCAGGACCUCAGACUGGGGUGAAGGUUCACCUUCCAACAGGACAACGACCCAAAGCACACAGCCAAGACAAUGCAGGAGUGACUUCGGGAUAAGUCUCUGAAUGUUCUUGAGUUGCCCAGCCAGAGCCCGAACAUGAACCAGAUCGGACAUCUCUGGAGAGACCUGAAAAUAGCUAGUGCAGCGAUGCUCCCUAUCCAACCUGACAGAGCUUGAGAGGAUCUGCAGAGAAUGGGAGAAACUCCCCAAAUACAGUUGUGCUAAGCUUGUAGCGUCAUACCCAAGAAGAAUCAAGGCUGUAGUCGCUGCCAAAGGUGCUUCAAUAAAGUACUGAGUAAAGGGUCUGCAUACUUAUGUAUAUUUAAUAUUUGUAUUUUUUAUAAACUAGCAAAACAAAUCUAAAUGUAUUUUUGCUUUGUCAUUAUGGGGUAUUGUGUGUAGAUUGAUGAGGAAAAAUGUAUUUAAUCAAUUUUAGAAUAAGGUUGUAACGUAACAAAAUGUGGAAAAGUCAAGCGGUCUGAAUACUUUCCAAAUGCACUGUAUGCUCCCUGGGGCACUUCCUCAGGAAGUAUAGAGGAAGGAGACGGGAUUAGUUUGGGUCUGUUACUCAAAAUACUGAAUGUACAAUAGCAUGAACUCCCUCUUAUAAGUUGCCGUUCAUCUUUUAAAGGAACGCAUCUUCAUCACACCCCUCAUCAAGUCUCAAGAAAGUAAUUGAAUAAAAAUAAAAAAACAAAUUAUGAUGGCGCCUACUCGACCAACAGUUUACAUAAUUUGUAGAUACUAUGUGUCUUUAACUAUAAAUAAGUUAACAGGCUGCUUGACUGACACUCUGUUAGUAUGUCAGGUCGAUGUGAUAGUGCUGGUUGGCUCUCACUCAAGGUUAAGUGCAUGUGAGAGUCUUUGUGCUUGCAGACACCUGCGGCCCACUUUUCACGUUUUCCCUCUCCGCAGUGCAUUCCAUCUGGUGGAAAUACAGUACCACUCCCUCAGUGGGAGGCAGUCAGAAGGUGAUUAGCACAAUACAAGUGAAUAAGGGGGAGGCAGAUAAAGUAGCUUGAAUGAAAGGGUUCUCAUCUUCAGAGGUGAACACAUGGCAAAUGUGAACACAUGGCAAAUAACGAGACACCCAGGUGUCCACAACAUGUUAAAUUAGUCUAAAGUUAAUCUAUUAGUAAAAUGUAUUUUGAAGCAUGGCUGUACAAAAUAAAGGCUGCCUUUUGAGACAAUAUUA